AUGUACCUGUUUCAUACAUGGGGAAGCCACGAAGUUUACCAGGGAAAACAAUGGAGCUAUCUAAACGUUUGGCUAAUUUUAUGCUUGUUUCCAAGAACCUGUGUAUCAAAUCCUUCAAAACCCAGUUUUUUACUGAUACUGGCUGAUGAUCUUGGUAUUGGAGAUGUGGGUUGCUAUGGCAACGAUACAAUAAGGACCCCUAACAUUGAUGGCCUGGCAAGGGAAGGAGUGAGACUUACUCAGCACAUUGCUGCAGCUGCUGUCUGUACUCCGAGCAGAGCAGCUUUCCUGACUGGCAGAUAUCCCAUCAGAUCAGGCAUGGCAUCCAGCACUCAACGGCAGGUUCUCUUUUGGAACGGGUGUUCUGGUGGGCUCCCACCAAAUGAAACUACUUUUGCAAGAAUACUGCACCAGCAAGGUUAUUCUACAGCACUUGUGGGGAAGUGGCAUAUGGGUGUGAACUGCAAAUCCCGCUGUGAUCACUGCCACCAUCCUUUGAAUCAUGGCUUUGAUUAUUUUUACGGCAUGCCUUUUACCCUUUUGAAUGAGUGUCAAGGCACAGAUGACCCUGAACUGGCCAAGUCUUUGCAAGAUACAUAUUGGCUUUACACUCAGAUGAUCAUCCUUGCAGUGCUUACGCUUUUGAUUGGAAAACUUACCAAUUUAUUCUCAGUAAAAUGGAAAAUAAUUAUAUGCCUGGCCAUCUGUGGUCUCCUGUAUUUCAUCUCCUGGUUCUCCAGCUAUGGUUUCACCAAGUACUGGAACUGUAUCCUCAUGAGAAACCAUGAUAUCACUGAACAACCGAUGAAUCUAGAAAAAACUACUUCUAAUAUGCUGAAGGAGGCAGUUUCAUUCAUUGAAAGAAACAAGCAUAGACCAUUUCUUCUCUUUGUUUCCCUCUUACAUGUUCACACCCCUCUCAUCACCACAGCGAAGUUUCUGGGAAGAAGCAGACAUGGCCUAUACGGAGAUAAUGUAGAGGAGAUGGACUGGAUGGUGGGCAGGCUUCUGGAUGUUAUUGACAGAGAAGGCUUGAAGAAUACCACAUUCAUUUAUUUUGCUUCUGAUCAUGGAGGAUCUUUAGAGGCUCACAGAGGAAAUGCUCAGUUGGGUGGAUGGAAUGGGAUCUAUAAAGGUGGAAAAGGAAUGGGAGGCUGGGAAGGAGGGAUCCGUGUCCCAGGAAUAGUUAGAUGGCCAGCAGUGUUGCCUGCAGGGACAGUUAUCAAUGAACUGACAAGCCUUAUGGACAUUUUCCCAACAGUGGUUCACAUCGCUGGAGGGGCAGUGCCUCAGGACAGGAUAAUCGACGGGCGCACCUUGCUGCCUUUGCUGCGGGGAACAGUUCAGCACUCUGGGCACGAGUUCAUGUUUCACUACUGUGGUGUGUUUCUGCAUGCAGUGCGGUGGCACCAAAAGGACA